AUGGGCACGACCUUUAUCCUGGGCUUCGUGCUCUUUCUCAUCGGACUGCCAAUCUACGCCUACCUCGGUGCCGGACUUUCCACCUACGCUCUCAUCUUGGCCGGUGUGCUCAUUGUGAUACUGGAAGAGCACGCACCACGCCGGAAGAAGCCAGAACCAAAGCAGCUUCCCCUCAGCGAACAUCUGGUGACGCCGGUAGCGGCUUCAUGUGAAGCUAGCCCAGUCGAGGAGUCAAGC